UGUGACGCAAUCUCAACUAGAAAUCCUAGUAUCUUAAUAUUAAUUCCGACCUUGACUUUUGGUGGGAUUUUAUUGUUCGAUCUACUAUACGCAAAGUAUGAAUGCUAAGCCCUUGUGGUUACUACUAAGUGAUAUUCAUUUCGGAUCACGUGAUCUUGAUAGAGUCAUACGAACUUCAAACUGGAUUGCCUCUCUUCCCAAGUCUCACGCAAAUAUUCGUCGCGCAAUUAUAUGCGGUGACUUACUCACAACACGUACUUCACAGCCGACUCACGUCCUUUCAGCAUGCUACCGCUUCUUAAACGAGCUAGUGGAAGCCGUACCGCACGUCGAUAUUAUCUUAGGCAAUCAUGACUUGGCUUACCGCUUCGAUUACACCACUUCGGCCUUGGAGGCGCUUUCUAUUAAUCGACUAGCCCCCUUCGUAACGCUCCAUACGAAAGUAGGAUGUCACGAGUGGGAUGGCCGACGGGUGUUUGUGAUGCCGUUCCGAGAAGACCAGAACCAACUUGUUAAGGAGAUACAUAACCUGGACCCGAAGAGCGCCGCCCAGACCGUUGGGUUCGGACACCUGGCCAUAAACCGGGCUAUAACGCAGAAGUACACCGUCAAUUCGGAGACCGGAAAGCCUGGGUUCUCUAUAAGGUAUCCCGGCCUUACCGGCGUGAGUGAAUUUGCGCCGUUGGCAAGGACCUUCACUGGCCACUUCCACAGCCACCAAACGAUUCUCCAAGCUACGAGCCAACAGAAUCAGAAUCUUCAAGGAAGCAUAACAUAUAUCGGGGCACCGUUACAGCUUACGUGGGCGGAUCUGUUCGACACCAAGAAAGGGGUCAUCUUGCUCGACCCCGAGACUCUGCAGAAUGACCUUAUCUGUAACCCUCACGCAGUCGGUUAUGUGUCGACGGAUAUUCAAGACGUACUGUCCGGCCAGAUGGACGAAGAACAUAUCCGUGACAAGCAUGUCAUGAUUACUGGGAGUUUGUCGAGGUAUAAAUAUAUUUCAGCUAGAGAAAGUCUGGUUAAAUUAGGAGCACGCAGCGUAAGAGACUGGAAGCCUUUUGAGCCGGCGUGGCAAUCCCCGGAAAAAGGUCUCGGCAAGACUAUGCUCCCUGCUGAUAUAAGAAACCUACCGAAUACAGUGAGCGAUGAAUUUUCACGAGAAACGGGGGACGCCAAACCUUCUGAUUCCGUUCAUCGCUCGGUCAUUGCUUCACCAAGACCGAUAGCCGAGCAAAUAGAGCGCGAGCCGAUUGACCUUAGCGGGGUUACCGAGGAAUACGUGUCUUCUCUAAGUCUCGGAUCUACUCUCGAGAGGAAGCGAGAGUCAUUAAUCGCGGUAGGAAAGCAACUCGUGAAUAUCGGUAGUUCCGCUCGUGACAAGGUCAACGACACGAUCAAGUAUAGGGAUAUCCUCAAUUCGUCUACCUCCUUAGCUGUUCCGACGAAUGAAUCUUCACGCAUCUUUAUCGCACACCCUAUUGCUAUCGAAAUUACAAACUUCCUCGGCGUCCAGGGCUCUCUCAAACUUCAAUUUGAGCGUCACUUCCAACCUGGUAUGAACUUUAUAAUCGGAAAAAAUGGCGCGGGUAAGACGACAAUCAUCGAGGCGAUCGUGUGGUGCCAAUUUGGACAGUGCAUCAGGGACGGACUUGGGGUAAACGACGUUGUCAACGAUGUCGUCGGGAAGAACUGCAACGUCCGUCUCACAUUUGCCAACGGGUAUUCAAUUUCGCGGUUUAGGAAGCAUAGCGAGUUUCAUAAUCGCGUGAUUGUGGAAAAGGAUGGUACUGUACAACCUCGGUUUGAAGGACCCAGCGCCAGAAGCUCUCAAGCAUCUAUCAACGAAUUGUUGGGUGUAGACUUCGACACGUUUAUCAGAACAGUUCUUCUGGGUAACGAAAGCACUCGGAGCUUCUUGAGCGCCUCGCAACUACAGAAGAGACAGUUGAUUGAAUCUGCUUUGGGUUUGGGGAUCCUAGAUGGCUGUGCAGAAACCUGCAAUUUGAUGAUGAGCCAGAUAGAUGAGGAGCUUGGCGUAAAGCAAUCGCGACUCAACGAGGUUACCCAUACAAUCACGCAUCUCAAAGGUCGGGUUUACCAAAUGGUUAAAACGCUGAAACGUUUAUUUGGCGAAGAAGAGAAAAUCAUGGAUCAGCUACAAGGCGAAGAUCGAAAAUACUUUACAUCCCUGAACGCGAGAGAGCUCAAAAUAAAGGAGCUUAGGGAGGAACUUGAGGCUGAGCAAUUGCCAAAUUUAGAGCCUGAGCUUGAAGAGCUUCGAAAAGGCGUAUCUACAGCACGUAGCGAAGUGGGAAAGCUUGGUGCAUUGGCAAAGCUUGCGCAGAUUCGUUUAUCAAUAGAUAGGAAGGGGAAAUUUAUCAAGCAGGACAUAGUAGCCACUAGUACGCAACUGGGUGAUUUCGAAAGAACAGUCGAGCGUCUGCUAGAAGAGAACGAAAUAUUAGAGAUCCCACCUCCACCCGCAAACGAGGACCAUAGCAAAGCAGAGCGGGGCUUUCUGCCCAGUGUCAUGCUCAUUUUUCGGAAUUUCUGGACAUCUGUGCUUAGAUUUAUCAGCUGGGAGGAUAAUUCUAAGAUCAUAGAAGUACAAAAACGGUGGCAUAACCAUAUGAGGGCAAUCGAUGCCUUCAACGAUACCAUCAGGAAAAGACAAAUCAAAAUUGCGACUAUAACGAACGUUGUAUCAAGUUUCUCCAACGAUACUUCCCAACGAGAUGUCAUGAGCAUAACGGUGCAGCAAGCAUUACGCAUUCCCACUCAGCUAAGCGCCGCCAUUGAUGAGCUACAACGCGCUACAAGCCAACACGAUCAUCUCCAGCAGCAAUAUGAGAGCCAAAAGCAGAAGCGACUUCGCAAACAGCAGGACCUAGACGCACUGGAAAAGGACAUCGAUACGACGAGACAAAAAUGGCAUGUGUCGUUAGAUCGGCACCACCUAAUACUCUCGAGCAAAGAGAAGGAAAUUGCUACUUAUAAAGGACACCUUCAGUCGGAUGCCGAAUCCCUUUUUGACCUCAUCCGCCAAGCAGCCAGCUUAAAGAAAGAGGCCGCAGAAAUACACUCAAAUAGGGAAAUAUUCGCCUUUUGGCAGUCUGCUUUUACGCGACGGCAGGUAGCAAAGGCUACGUUUCGGCAUCAUGUAACCGAGCGACAUCUAGGGGAGCUGAACAAACUUCUAGGGCAGAUCCUGUUAGUCAUGUAUCAGGAUGCAAACUACGCGCGUAAUAUGACUUCUGGCACCAUCGGGGCACUAUUCAAAGAAUACGAAGAUGGCGAUGGUAGUCAGGAGUCCACAUCAGUGCUUGAACCGUCUCUAUCGAUGAAUCAAGCACUUGAUUACGCAAAGCGAAGUGGUGGUGAGCGCAAACGCGUAGAUCUGGCGCUGUUCUUCGCGCUAUCUAUGAUGGCAGGGGCCAGAAGUCCUCAUAUGGCGAGGUACAUGCUUGUUGACGAAGCUUUUGACUCUUUAGAUGUAAGCGGUCAAGCUUCCGUGCUUAAGUGGUGCCGCUGGAUGACGGAACGGUUAUCGUACGUCUUAGUUAUUACGCACAGCCCAAACCUCGUCAAGCUCGCUGAGGAGGAAAGCGAUGCUGGAGGUGCUGCCGGGGCAAAUGUCGUUACUGUUAGAGCAGGUAAUAAAGGCACCGAGUUGGUGGAAACGCCGGAGUCUAUAGUUACCUCGCCUACUUAACCGAUCCUAAGUUGAUAGCCUAUCAUACAAUCCCCAUUCUUGCACCUUGAAGCUUCUAUUAGCAAAGAUCGGAGAACUUCAUAAUGUAAAGUCUUCUUCUUAAAUCAACUCAUGAUCACCGAUGGUACUUGGAAGAUGAAGUAGUAAGUAGUGGUAAGUUUAACAUGUAACCACCCCAAAUUAAUCA